AUGUCGCCGGAGACGUUCUCGCCGGGGAUCAGACUCACUGUCCCGUUCUCCAUCGCCGGGGCCAACGACGCCGGGGAAGAUUUGGAGCAGGCUCCGAGUGUAACCAGCGGGUAUCCGAGAGUGGAUGAUUAUUGGGUUGUGCAGAAGCAGCGGGUAUCUCGAAUCUCAGAGGCGGCGGAAAGGAGGACCCCGGCGAAGAUCGUGGUGGAGAAGGGGGGUGUAGCUGCUGAGAGUUUCUUCGUUCCCUCCUCUCUGUUCUUGGUUGUUUAA